GUGCCAACAUCCUGGUGCGCUACGACCGACAGCCCGGUUGAAUAGAGAUGUACUUGCGCCUUGGGGCUCUCACUAGCGCCGGGUGGUUGGUGGCGACGUGCCCGGCCUUCGUAUCACACCAAAGACCAACGUGGAAGCCAAUCUCAGUGAACGCCAAAUCUUCCGCUUCCGAGACAAAGCCGCGGCAGCAAUGGACGGCUGCGCCUGCCGUCGGGCCGCGGGGACGGCGGGAGCUGCGUCGCGCCGCCCAGCAGCGGGAAGAACCGGGUUCGGCGACGGCGGAGGUGGAGGCCGUCGGGGACGUGCGGCGGGUCUAUGAGACGUGGCGAUGGCGGGGCCACAAUAUCAACUACAGAGUAGAAGGAGCCGAGGACGCCCCUCCUAUUCUCCUGAUUCACGGUUUCGGCGCGUCAGUCGGCCACUUCCGGAAGAACAUCCCCACCCUCGUGGGCGAGGGUUAUCGAGUUUACGCGAUCGAUCUCCUCGGCUUCGGCGCGAGCGACAAGCCAAAGGACGUGGAGUUCUCUCUGGAGCUUUGGCAGGAAAUGCUGACCGAUUUCAUCAGCGACAAGUCUAGGGGCGCGUCGGAGCAGUGGGUCGUGAUGGGGAACUCGAUCGGCGGUCUUCUGACGCUAAUGCUCACCGAGGGGCUGCAGGAAGCGCGAAAGGUCCGUGGCUCGGUCCUCUUUAACACCGCCGGGGGCCUGGUGAGCUUCCGCAAGUCGGAGCUCCCGUUCUACUUGCUUCCGGUCAUGUGGUUCUUCAACAACGUGGUGGGUGCGUGGUGGGCGCUUUCUUGUUAUAUUUUCUGUUUGAUUACCCCGAGCGACGACGAGGGGGCUUGUGACGUAUUCCUCAAGGUGUUCACGGGGCCGCCGGGGCCCACCCCGGCCUCUUUGCUGAAGAACAUCAAGGACACCAAGGUCCUUGCUUUGUGGGGCGAGUUGGACCCCUGGACCCCCCUCAAGACCGGCCUGCACGCCGGGGACACGCUCGGCCAGUACCUCGACACGUUCGAGCUGGUGGUCCUGCCCGAGACCGGCCACUGUCCCCACGACGAGAGCCCGGAGGAGUGCCACGCAGCGAUUUUACCCUGGCUCAAGAUGCUGGCGUGAAAAUGUAGCUAUAUCUUGCCAGCCUUCGUGCGCAAAAUUGCGCGCUUUCGUGGACGACAGCAUUGGAAAAGACGGGCGCCAUGUGUAGCUAUUGGGGGUGUCUUGUGGAAGGGUGGGGGGUGUUGUUGUGCAUCUGUGGUGGGGAAGCACAUUUUCGGCGAUGCAUAGGGGUAUAGUUUGACAUUUUUGGCUACGCAUGGGGAGUGUAAGCCUUUGUUUUUCAUUACUUAGACCCUUGUGCCCCCAGCACAGCUCGGGCAGGGGCAGGAGACGUCGGGCAUUUCGCCGACCGGGCCUAGGGGUGGGAGUGGGGUACCCCAUGCAUAGUCUACAGCUAGCUGUGGCAGUGUUGCGAGAUUGCCUGUAAAUAUAGCACAAGUGCGACGUAGAGUGAGAGGAAGAUGGCGUUUCUUAGAGGUUUUGUUUGUGAAGCUGCCGAAGCCUGCCGUUGAGGAACUUGAGGAGGUAUCUUGAUUGGUUGCGAAGUCCAUUCGUGGCCGUGGUCGGCACAGCAGAUAGAUACAUUUGGGGGUGCGGUUUGUCCUUCCAUUCGUUAUGAAUUUUGCAGCAGAAAUGUUUGUAGCCAAAGGCUACACUGCAAAGUCGAUUGCCUCGCUCUUGCGGCCAUUAUUGUGUCUCCCGUGAACAAAUGAUCUGACGAAGAACAAGAAUUUGAUCGU